AUGGAAUAUAUGCCCGGAGGUGACCUUUACUACUGGUUGGAAUACUAUGAUACCUUUACGGAAGAACAAGCUCGGUUCUACCUAGCAGAGACAGUGCUGGCUUUGGAAGCCCUUCACGAGCUCGGCUACAUUCAUCGUGAUCUCAAACCGGACAACAUGCUAUUGGACGCCCAAGGUCACCUUAAGCUUGCAGAUUUCGGUUCCUGCGUUCGGCUUGAUUCCCAAGGUCGUUACUUCUGCUCUUCACCCAUCGGUACCCCUGACUAUAUUAGUCCUGAAAUGCUCAAUUGUCAAUCCAAAGCGGGUUACAUUGGACCAGCUUGUGAUUGGUGGGCUCUGGGCGUGAUUGCCUUUGAGAUGCUCUUUGGUGAAACCGCCUUUUACGGGCAGUCUCUGGUGGAGACAUACUCACGCAUCCUCGGCUAUGAGAAGUCCCUCAAAAUUCCCACUGACACUGAGAUUACUGCGAAUUUCGAGAGUCUCAUUCGGGACUUUCUCCGCGGUGCGGACAAUCGACUGGGUUCAAAGGAGGGCGCUAGAGAGGUAAAACGACAUCCUUUUUUCGAAAGCAUUGAUUGGCCAAAUCUGCACUCGACCACACCACCAAUCAGACCCGUUGUCACCUCUGACGUGGAUACUUCAAACAUCAAUUUCGAUGAGUCGGAGGUUCUUGGUACUGAUGCAAAAUUUGGUUGUGACUCAUCAAACUCCUCAAGCGGUUCACCUGCGAAUCUGCCACGUAAUCUUGGCGCCUUUGCAGCGAAGAAACCGGUCGGACCACCAGCCUACUUUACUGGAGAUAACUUAGCAUUCGCUGGCUUUACGUUCAAUCGAGAGGAGAGGCAGAGACUCGAAUCUUCAGCAAAAGCUGCGAUGAUCGCUAACGGAGAUGCACAAACUGCUGAGAUGGAGGCCUCACUGGCUGAUGCUCGUGCCCAACUCAGCGCAGCUGAGAAGCAGGCAGCAGUGGACAAGAUUGCUAUGAAUGAGGCGCAAAGACGUCUGGAUGAUACAAAAGCUGAGUUGGAGUCUUUGAAGACUGAAAUUGAACGAAUGGGUGAAGAAACGAGAACGCAAGUUAGCGUCAUCCAAUCCGAGCGUGACACUCUCUGUGAAAGAGCGAAUCGUCUUCAGACAGAACUGAUGAGCGCUACAGAGGAAUUGGAAUUGGAGAGAAAAGCUCUGGCUGCAGCGAAAGAGGAGCUGGCCUCUGUGAAAGCAAUUCCCCCUCCGUCGGUUGUGAAUGAGAUGAAGCAGCGCAGUUCAACCAAGGAGAACCUCUCUCUAGAGGUAGAUUUGGAAGAGGCGCGACAACAGGCAUGUAGGGCUGAAGCAGAACUAGUUAACACACGACGACUGCAUGCUGAGGAGAUGGGCGAUCUAUCAGAUCAGCUACAGGCAGCCAAAACCUUUUCUCAGCUUUACAAGUCUAAAUUGGCGGAUGCUGAGGCUGAAGUAGAGUCACUGCGUUCACAUCUCACUUCCGUUCAGGCAUCAUGCAAAGAAUUGAAAGAGCGAAACUUCUGUCUGGAGUCAGAACUUGCUGUAAGCAAAGUGGAUUUGGAUGGACUCAAAAAGAGCUAUGAUAUUGAGAUGAAGGAGAAUACUACACAGGUUUUGCGCUUAAAGGAGCGUGUCAGCAGUCAGGCAAACGAAAUUAAUACAGUGACGAGUCAGAGAGAGGAUUUGAGGCAGCGCUGCAUGACUCUGGAAGAUAGUGUAUCCAACCUAACAGAUCAGUUGCAGGCUUUGCGCAAGGAGAGUACGAUCCAGCAUGUCAUGCUGAAACAAACAGUAACCAAGUUGUUUGAGGUCGCGUCAGAGGCACCGGCAAGCGGUAAAAAGAAGAAGAGCACAGAAGCAGCAAAGGUGAGUAGUCUUGAGAAACAGCUGCGGAAUGCAGAGCACAGUCAUCAGAAAGAAAUAGCGGAGCUACAGUCCACCUUAAACCGCCUAAAAACCGACAACGAGGAGAAGGCUAAGGCAAUGGCAGAACUGACGGAGACGAAUCGGAUGCUUGAGCAAGAGUUGGAGAGAAUGGAUGCACAACUCAACACGCUGUACGAGUGCUAUGUCACCAAAUCGGGUACUGGUGGAGAUUCCUCCAACAAUUCGUCUCCGACAGGCACGGUAGCAGAACCACCUUCACUAUGUGGAACGGGUGAUAUUAGUCAUUCAACAGAGAACCUGUCAAUCGACGACGACAGACAAUUUUUCACCCGUCAAGUUCUACCUCCACCUAUCGAAGGUUUCUGCGACUUCCCUGAGAAGAUCAAGGGCAGAAAGAAGCUCGCGUGGACCCCCAGAUUCGUGGUAAUCUGUCCUUUCACGGUGUCAUUCUUCCUCUCCAAGCCCCGACGGGAUCAACCUGGUGCUAUUCCAUUUGAAGAAAUUCAAAUUCAGAAGAUAUUUUCUGUGCGGCCCGGAACGGUACUUGAUCUUACCUAUGCCACUGAAGACGAUGUUGCCCGUCUGAUUUGCAUAAUCACAGAUGAGAUAACUCCAGAAUCCGCUGGAACUGACCCUGACCGAAUGAGCGUAAGCAGUGCAAGCUUAUCCUCAGGCGGAGGCAUAAACCUCGCCUCUGGUAACUACAUUUCUUGGCAAGGUCAUUCAUUCCAAGCAAUAACGUUCCGCAUAACGAAUACUAUUUGCGAAGUCUGUCGAAGACCAUGCUCAGACCUCCGUUCUCCCCCACCAGCGCUUGAGUGCAUCCGCUGUAGAAUGCGCAUCCAUCGGAACCACGUAGAGAACCACGAGAAGUUCGUUGUUUGUCCAAAUACUGUGAAACAGUGGAUUAUUCGUGCUCCGUCUCCGGCUGAACGUAAUGCAUGGGUAUCGUGUAUUAAUCAGCUCAAGAAAGAGGUCAGCCGGCCAAUAUGCUCGGAGAGUCGACUCCAAUCUGGAUCGCUUAGCGUUAGCAACCAACCCGGAACACCGCUGUUUGGGGCUAAUACGAGUCGCUACAAGAGUAUGCGCAAUUACGGUGGACUGAAUUUCAAAGAUGUAGCUUCAAAAAGACCAUUUAUGGUCACCUUCCCUCGGUACAGCAGCAAUUCGGGUCUAACUGGAGGUGUUGCCGCGCGAACUUCCCUCCAGUCACCUCCUGUCUCGGCUUCUCACCACUCGCAUGCAAAUUUUAACAGCCAGCACGAUUUGUAA